AUGCGUGGUUGCUCCCGUUUUCUAUUCAAGCUGGUUCAUAAAUUUAUUGAGUUCCUACACCAAAACAUGUUUCGCCAUACCUCUCGAAUGUUUUUUAAUUCCGUGGCUGUGUGGGGCGGUGGUACGAUGGGAAGUGGUAUUGCCCAGGUUAAUGCACAAGCUGGAAUUCCUACCACCGUCGUUGAAGUAUCGCAGGAGCGGUUGAGUGCCUCGCGCAAGUCCAUCGAGAGUUCCUUGUCCCGUAUUGGGAAGAAGCAAUAUCCUGGCGACGAUCAAAAAAUGAAGGCUUUUGUGGAUGAAACCGUUUCGCGAAUAACUUUUACGACAGACGAGCGAUUGGCGGCAUCCAAUGCGAGUUUAAUUGUGGAGGCCAUAUUGGAAGACAUUGACGCGAAGAAGGUUCUUUGGAGGAAAGUUGAUGGCAUGGCCCCGAAAGAGUGCGUCUUUUGUACGAAUACCUCCUCGCUCUCGGUGGGAGAGCAAGCAGCAGUCACAGGUCGACCAGAUCGUUUUGCUGGUCUACACUUCUUCUCUCCCGUGCCAAUGAUGAAGCUGGUGGAGGUUGUGAAGGCAGCAAAGACUUCCCAAUCGACUCUGGAUCGGAUUCUGGAGUACGCAAAAAUGCUGAAUAAGCAGCCGGUGAUGGCGACGGACACGAAAGGGUUUAUUGUCAACCGUUUGCUUAUUCCAUACGAAUUGGAGGCCUGUCGGAUUGUGGAAAGGGGCGAUGCGACCGUUGAGGACGUCGAUUUGGCGAUGAAGCUUGGUUGUGGACAUCCGAUGGGGCCUUUUGUCUUGGCUGACAGUAUCGGAAUUGACGUACUCAAGUUGAUCGCAGACGCAUGGCAUAAGGAGGAGCCAGAAAAUCCAUUGUUUAAACCUUCCAAGCUCAUUGACGAGAAAGUUGCUCAAGGGAAACUCGGUCGUAAAACUGGAGAAGGCUUUUACAAAUACAAGUUCUAG